CCUGGAGGAGAAUUACUUUGUGCCCUGAACAAAUAUAAAAUAUACUUCCGACCUGUCAAGUAACUUCCCUUAACUUGGUGGAGCUAUGGAGGUGAACGUUUCUGAAUCGUUUGAGAGUGUCGUUCCGGUGGAUGAGGGGAAAGAGAAGUUUAAGAAAAAUGAUGACAUCUUAUUCUACAGGCGACAGAAAGAUAAAGGAUUGUCUCAAUACUUUGCCUCCCUUGAGACUUUAGUACUCACAGAUAGAUGUGCCAGUCUGGAGCUCUCUGAGCACGAGUCUCAGGACAGACUGUGUCUUCAAAUACGGGUGACCCAAAAUGGCACAAUCAGAGUUUUAAUUGAUGAACUACAGGCAAUUAAACCACGUUAUCAGGUUUCAGAUGUUCUGACUGGUGAACCAUCAUAUGUCCCGCUAAGAGUUCAAUGGCAAAGAGAUGACGCUGUAUCUCUAACAUGGGGUUUUGGCCAGUACCAGCUCCUAGUUUCAGCCUCACCUUUCAGACUCGAGGUCACCUGUGAUGGGGAAGAGAUUGUCACACUCAAUCCAGGGAACAGACUAUGCUUUGAAACUCUGCAGGAACCAACUAGGACAUCUUCAGGUUCACUUCAGGUUGAUGAAGAUCCAUGUGGGCUGUGGAAAGAAACAUUCAGACAGUUUCAGGACAUCAAGGCAAAUGGUCCCAGUUCUGUGGGCAUGGACUUGCGUCUCCACGGAUUCAGCCAUACAUAUGGUCUUCCUGAACAUGCUGAUACCCUGCUUUUAAAAGACACAAGUAUCGCGGAGGCAUAUCGACUGUACAACUUGGAUGUGUUUGCCUAUGACAUCAAUAGCAGAUUGGGCCUUUACGGUUCUGUCCCAUUCAUGCUAGCUCACAAGCCAGAGAGAACGCUUGGGGUGUUUUGGCUGAACGCGUCUGAGACAUUGAUUGACAUUGAGUACAACCCAAAGCCAAUUGAGGGUGCGAAUGAACCACCAGGGAAGAAGAGUAAGAUCACACCUCAGACUGAUGUGAGAUGGGUAUCUGAGAGUGGCACAAUUGACUGUUUCAUUUUGCUGGGACCCUCGGCUGCCCAGGUGUUCUCUCAGUAUGCGCAGCUCACAGGCUACCAGGCUCUGCCUCCACUGUUUUCUUUGGGGUACCAUCAGUGCCGCUGGAACUAUGAGGACGAGGCAGACGUAAAAGCCGUGGAUGCUGGAUUUGACCUCCACAAUAUCCCUUAUGAUGUCAUAUGGUUGGAUAUUGAGCACACCGAUGGGAAGCGCUAUUUCACCUGGGACCCUAAGCUUUUCCCAAAGCCAGUGGAACUACAACAUUACCUGCAGAAGAAGAAAAGAAAGUUGGUUGUUAUAAGUGACCCCCACAUCAAGAUCGAUCCUGAUUGGUCGUUUUACUGUGAAGCUAAAGAAGGAGGCCAUAUGGUGAAAAAUAGAGAAGGUGGUGUUUAUGAGGGAACCUGUUGGCCAGGUGAGUCCUGCUACUUGGACUUUAGCAGCUCAAAGACAAGGUCAUGGUAUGCCAGAAACUUCUCUCUAAACAAAUAUGAAGGGUCAACAGAAUCUUUGUUUAUCUGGAACGACAUGAAUGAACCUUCUGUCUUUAAUGGGCCAGAGCAGACAAUGCCCAAAGAUGCAGUGCACCAUGGAGACUGGGAGCAUAGAGACUUGCACAACUUGUAUGGUUUCCAUCAGCACAUGGCUACGUUUGAGGGUUUGUUAACCCGUUCAGGAGGUUUGGAGAGGCCGUUUGUCCUUUCACGCUCAUUCUUUGCAGGGUCUCAAAGAUGGGGUGCCAUAUGGACUGGGGACAAUGUUGCUACUUGGGAAUACUUGAAGAUUUCUUUACCCAUGCUGCUGUCACUAAGUUUGACAGGAAUACAUUUUUGUGGAGCUGAUGUAGGGGGCUUUGUGCAAGACCCAGACCCUGAGCUGCUGGUCCGCUGGUACCAGGCUGGCGCUCUCCAGCCAUUUUUCCGAGGACACUCGUCUAAAGACACCAAACGUCGUGAGCCCUGGCUGUUUGGAGAUGACGUCACUUCUGCAAUUCGUUCUGCUAUUCAGCAGAGAUACUUUCUCUUGCCAUACUGGUACACUUUGUUUUACCAAGCACACACUUCAGCUCUGCCUCCUAUCAGACCUCUUUGGGUCGAGUUUCCUAAAGACACAGAUAUGUUUGCUGUAGAGAAUCAGUACAUGAUCGGAAGUGCUCUUCUUGUGUGCCCUGUGACUGACCCUGGAGUCUCUGAGGUCAAGGUUUUGCUGCCAGGAUCUGAUCAGUUGUGGUAUGCCACAGACACCGCUAAGGUACACGGAGGUGGCAGAAUUCUGGAUUUUCCAGUAACUUUGAACACUGUGCCUGUAUUCCAGCGUGGGGGGACAGUGGUGCCCAGGAGAGCAGGUUGUGGUUCGUGUACAGCUGACCUACAGCAGCAUUCAAUCACUUUGACCAUAGCUUUGGACUCUAAGGGUAAUGCUGAAGGAUUUCUUUAUCUGGAUGAUGGUCAUUCUUUCAGUUAUAGGGACAGGAUGCAGUUCUGUCUGCGUCGUUUUUGCAUGCGAGCAGGCAAGCUUGUUAGCAGCUGUGCCGAUGAUAAAGGCUUGUUUGUCUCGGAUGACAAAGUGGAAUCGGUGGUCAUUCUUGGUCUGAAUAGUCUAAAAAGAAAACCUAAGCUCAAAUCAGGUACAAGGAAAACUCCAGUCAUGUUUACGUUUGAAGCAAAGUGUCUGACUAUAACUGGCUUGGACCUGGAAAUACACAAAGAUUGGGAAAUAAUAAUCUAGUGCAUUUUAUUUAAAAAAAAAUUGGGUUUUGCUGGCAUUAAAUGUUAAUGUAAAAAGAGUAAUUUUAUCUUCAGGUUUUAUGGACUUUUUUAAACCUUUUUUAUACCAUAAUACCUUGUGAAACUAUGCAUUUCAUAAACAGGAUUAAAGUACCUCUCAACAUAGGCGCCGAUCCCAUAUGUGCCCAGGUAUACUUAAUUAAUUUUAAUCAAAAAUUGAACUUCGGAAUCCUCUCUGGUUGGCGAAUCUUUGUUGAAUAAGUUGUAAUAUCUACUAUUGCUUUGAUGAAUUAGCUGAAUAUGCAUUUUACGUCUAAACCACGUUGCUUUCUUCCUUCUUUACAAAGCUUUAGGGCACUCCCAUAGCGUCUUCCCUUGCUAAGCAACCUAAUUGUUGCGUGUCGUUGUGUCGAGCACUCACUGUCAGAAAAAGAAAUCAGCGCUAUGGCUUCCACUGUUUUAAAGUAAUAUCUUAAUUAUUAAAUAAUUUGGUAUGGUUUUUUUUUAUGAAAAUAUGAGACAUUUUCUUUUACCGACUGUAAAUAAAAGUGUAAUUGUAAAGUAGUGUAAAUUUUGGUGGAAGUAAGAAUUUGAAAAUAAAUAAUUUGCAAAA